AUGGCUGGGUUUUAUAAUUUGGAUCAUAAAGAAGUCAUCCGCAUAAAAGUGAAAAAAUGUGAUGGGAGGAUGCAGCCAGAGUACAAGAAAUUUUCCAUUGAUCCUCAGAUAACAUCGUUUGAGAUGCUGCAGGGAAUCUUAGCCAGGGCAUUUGAUAUAAACAGUGACUUCACCAUCAGCUACCUGGCUCGUGACUCCGAGGGCCAGGCUGUCUACCUUUCCAUGUUGUCUGACUGGGAUAUGGAUGCAGCUUUCCAAUGUGCUGCUGAUCCUUGUCUCAAGCUUAAGGUUGACCUGCGGCCCUUUGAAGAAGAGAUGGAAGAUUGGGACGUCAUAGCACCUACAGAAGUUCCUCAGCAUAGAAUAUCAAGCCUGCUGGACAAAAAUUCCAUCCUUGGGUCGAUCACUGGCACCAUCACACAAAAUUUGGGCAGAACAGUCAACUCCAUGCAGAGAGCCAUGGGUUUAAAGCAGGCAGAAAAUGAAGUGAUCAAGCCACUGAAAGCUGCAAUGUCCGACAUGGAGUUCCACAGUUACCUGGAUAAUGCAGGUUUCAUGGUCAGGCCUAAUGAGUUUCGUCUGGCAAUAUAUCAAGGAGGCAUUGAACCUUCUUUACGCAGAGUCGCUUGGCGACAUCUACUGAACAUUUAUCCCGCAGACAUGUCGGGCAGGGAUCGUUUCGAUUACAUGAAGCGAAAAGAGGAAGAAUAUAGAAAGUUGAGAGAUGAAUGGAGAGAAAAAUUCUGGAACAAUACAGCUACAGAGGAAGUCAAGUAUAUAGCGGGUAUGGUGAAGAAGGACGUGCUGCGUACAGACAGAUCUCAUGGCUUUUAUGCUGGGAAUGAUGAGAAUGAGAACACUUUGUCUUUAUUUCAUCUCCUUGUGACCUACGCCCUCACUCAUCCGGACAUCUCAUAUUGCCAGGGCAUGAGUGACCUGGCCUCCCCGCUGCUGGUGACUCAGAAAGAUGAAGGUCAGGCUUAUAUUUGUUUCUGUGCUCUUAUGAACCGACUACGAGAGAAUUUCACCACAGAGGGCAGUGCCAUCAUGACCAAGUUCCGGCAUCUGUCUGACUUACUGCACAUGUGUGAUCCAGCUUUGCAUGCUCAUUUGGCUCAGAGUUCUGCAAGUGACAUGCUCUUCUGCUAUCGUUGGUUUCUGCUGGAAUUCAAAAGAGAAUUUCCCUUCACAGAUGCUCUAUAUGUGUUGGAAGUCAUGUGGGCAACUUUGCCACCAAAUCCUCCGGAGCAUGAGCUAGCUCUGGUAGACCCAGAUUAUUCUAGCCGGCUACUUUCUAGCUCUCCCUGCUCGCCGACUUUUUCGUUCCAGCAUGCCAUGUAUGCAAAACUCCUGGCCAUGCGCCGGGUAGGAGCUCGCCAGAAAGUCAGCCAGCCAAAUUUACCUGUAACUAGUCUGGCUGCCCAAACUGGUACCAAUGACACAUUGAACAUCGAAUCAACAGCGCACUUUGGUAACCACUGCACCAUUCAGAAUACUGUCUCUUACGACACAUCCCCAGGAGACGGUGAAGACAGAGGCACUGAUUUUCCAGAGGUGGAUAAUCUAAUGACUCGUUCCAUGCAGCAGAAAUCUAACAGUAUUGAUCAGGUCCUUCAAGAAGGGUCAGCUGCUUCACAAGAUCUUGAUGGCAACUUUGUAAAAGGGCUCAGAGAUGGGAAUGAUGAAGAUGAAUCUGUUGUCUGUAAUGGUGACAGCAGAAGUACUGACAGCAUUAAACCAUUUGUCAAAGCAAACAGCUCCUAUGAUACUAGUGAUUACUCUUUUCACACUGACCUUUCAACUGAUGGCCAGCUUAGGCAUGCUAAAUCUGAUGAUAUGAUCCUCAGCAUUGACAACCCUCAGCUUCAAUGCAGAGACUCCAGUUCUGAUCUGGAGGCUGAUAGAAGCUCUAGUCUGAGCUCUGUCACCUCUGAGUCUUCCGAAGCAGGUGACAAGCAUAUACAGUUUGCUUUGUCUCUGGAUUCUAAUACAAACUAUUCUUCAGAGACAUCAGACACUACAGCUGACCUGACUCCCUCCUCCAUAAACAGUGAAUCUGAUCAGGAGAACACAAUCAGUGUACAAGCUGAUGUGCACAGCAAUGACUCCUCUAACACAGACUCCAACACUGGUCUCUUUCAAAGCAUGAAACGACUUCUAGCUUCACCCAAACGGCGACCUUUCAACAGCACCUGGAAUGACUCUGUUGCUUCACCUCACAAAUCUGCACCACUAGUCAACAGACAGAAAUACCCUCCUGCAGUUAUCUCCCAAGGGAUUGACAAAAUAGAAGAUAUCACCAGGAACUCAUCCGACUCACACAUAUCUGAGACACUGGAGACCAGUGAGGCUGCUGAAAUUUCAGGAUUCGCGGUGAGCUCUUCUACAAAGCUUCCAGUGCGAGAUCUCUCAAAGCUUCCCCCUCCACAGGAAUUUGGUGCAGGGAACCCUUUUCUAAUGUUCAUGAGCCUGACCCUUCUCACGCAACAUCGAGAGCAUAUCAUCAGCCAGGGGAUGUGCUAUGAGGAAAUAGCCAUGCACUUUGACAGGCUGGUCCGCAGGCACAAUGCCAACCGCGUGCUGCACCUGGCCAGGCAGAUGUACACCGAAUACCUCAGAGCUCAACAGGCCAACCUGGACAGAGACAAAGACUCUGCUGACAUGGGCCCUAGUUGCUAA